AGGGGGCGUCGUUAGUGGCCCUUUCUCUUUCCUUUCGGGGCGCUGCUGUUUGUGAGACUAGCUUCUAGGAUCUUGGGCUUCCGGUGGUAGCCACUGUCGUUCCCUCCGCCUUCAGAGGGAUCUCUUAUCUGGGGAAGCGGAGGAGGGACGCACAUAGGGUGGAUCUAUGGUGCGCAGGCGAGCAUGCGGGAUCUUCAGCGAUCCCAAGAACGGGCGGGAGUAGCGGAAGAGUUGUGAAUGUUAUUGGUUGGCAGGAAUGGUGGGCGGGGCGUAGCCCGAGUAGUCCAGUUUAUUGGUGGAAUUUGGGCUUCGUUCUCCCAUUACCGCCACGUAGGCCCUUCUUAGACCUUUGGGGCAGGUAGUUUGGUUAUGAAGUCCUGGAAACCAACGAAUUAAAAAGACUGUUAGAGGUUCCUAUUAGUAAACUGCUUUCAGGUAAUAGGGUUCCUCAGCAACAGACUCAAAAGGAUUACAGUCUCCUGAAGCAGGGACUGUGAAAGAGGACAUUGAAAAGCCACCUCAUUUAUACACAGCCGAAGGAUUAUUUUCACCGAUUACCUGAGCGUCCGUGACGUCUGCUUUAUGAGAACAUGAGCGCUACAAGCUUCCUACCCUCUAAGAGAAGGGACAGGCCUUCGACAACUUAAAUCACCUACACAUGGAGCACAAAGAUGAUGACGACGAUGAUGUGUCUUUUGCCAAAUGGAUGAGCAGCUUCUGGGGUCACAGCUGGAUAGAAGAGAAUGAGAGAGGACUCCGGGACCAUCAUGGACCACAAGAUGCUACUCACAGGAAAACCUCCCUGCCCUGCCCAUUUCCUGCGCUUCCCAGAAUCACAUUGUCUGACAGCCAUCCCAGAAGACAUUCUCAUGAGGACCUGGGAUUUCAAUGCCAUACCCACAUGCUGGAUUAUAGAAAAUGCUCGGCAGAUGAGUCAUUCAAGGAGGCACUGGAAUCAAAAGGAAGAUCUCAGUCCAAAAUUCAAGCAUUUUCAGAGUCCUUUGAACAGAAACUGUGCUUUAGAACCAAACGCUCCAUCUCUUUGGGACCUGAGAGCAGGAAGGAGAGGAGUGAAAGGGAAUGCCUGAGGAUGGAGAUAAAAUCUCAAAAGAAAGUGGAGGAAAGAAGGAACUCUAGGAAGGAAGAACACGGAGAAGCACACAUGCCCACCUUGGUUGAAAGAGAGUCCAAAUAGUGUUUCCACAUCAUAUCUCCAGAUGCUAGGUUUUAGUGGCACUUGUGAAGGAGUGUCCGCAAAUGCUGAGUGACUGCAGUGGUCCAUUGGUGCAGGGCUCCCCAGGAUGACUCGCACCUGACUCCCACUGCUUCUGAUAUCUUAGUUGAGAGUGUGAUCUCCUAUGUGGUCCUUUUAUGGGAAUAAAGAAAAUAAAAUGUAUUUUAAUAGAAGAAGUGAUUCUUAAAAAUGUAAAGAAAGAUAUUUAAAGAGCCACCAACGCAUCUUCACUAACUCUUCUUCUGCAUCAACCUUGCAAAUAAGUUUAAAUAAAAGUCAUUGAUGUGA